GCUCGAGCUCGAAAGCGACAAGGCGCAGCAGCAUGUGGCUCUAUGAGGCCGCCAACCAGGCCGCCAAGACGGCCAAGGAGCGCGUCGUCCAAGUGCAGGAGAAGGUCCAGGAGAAGGCCUCCAUCAUCGUCGCUCAGGUUCAAGACGAGGCGCAGACGCUCCUCAACUCGAUGAGCCUCCAACAGGACAACCCCGUCGACGAGAUCAUCUUUGAGGAGCUCGACGACUACAAGGCCUUCCAGGAUGUAUUUGACCUCGACGACAAGACGGAAGACGUCGCGGCGAUCCUCAAGGACGACACGUACAUCUCGGACCUCCACACGGCGAUGGUGCCCGAGCAGCUCUCGUACAAGGAGUUCUGGACGCGGUACUAUUUUCGCGAGUUUACAAAGCAGCGUCAAGAGGAAGAACGUGCCAAGCGGGAGGAGGCCCGGCGCGCCCAGCUGCUCGAGGAGCAAGCCGCCCGCGAAGAGCGCGAGCGCGACGCCCGCAUCGCGUACGAGGCGCGCAUGGAAGAGGAGCGACUCGCGGCCGAAGCCGCUGAAGACGUCGCGAUGUGGAAGGAGCAAGUGGACCACCUCCAGCAAGUGAUCCGAUCGCUCGAGCACAGCGAGCAAGACAAGUACAAGGCGCUCAGCGACGACUACGAGUCCAAGAUGACGCAGAUGACGCUGCAGAUUGACGACGCCAAGGCGAGCGGCUACGAAGAAGGCAUUGCCGAGAGCGAAGCGAUCGUCGCCAAGCUCCGCGCCGAGGCCCAAGCCGAACGCGACGAGCUCCGCGCUUUCUUGGAGCACGUCAUCAAUCCGUCGACGGCCGCGAUGCCCGAGGUACCAGCGUCCUCUGUUCUGUCCCUCGAGACUGCCCAACAUCUCUGGGCGCUGCGGCAGUCCGGACCACCAACAACCACGGAUGCGCAGCACGCCAAGGAGCUGGAUCUCUGGAAGGCGCGGGCGAUGAAGAUGAAAAAGCUCAAAGACGACGUCGACGCCGAGCUCGUCACGGCCAAGGCCGCCAUCGCGUCGGCCGAAGCCAAUGGUUUUGCGGCGGGCGAGGCGGCCGCCAAGGAGACGUACGUGGCGCAGAUCCAAGCACUCGAAGCGGCGCUGGCCGCCCACCAACAGACGACGUUGCCAGCGCUGCCUCUGGCAGCCGAGGUGCAGGACGCUGCCGAGGCCAAGGAGCCAACUCGCGACGACUGGGGCGAGUGGGAUUGAUGAUGUGCAUGAUUGAUCGUCCAACACCAGUUCUUACGCAUAUAUACACCCUGCGUUACGC